UUUGAGUUCAAAGUGCAGGUUGGCGCCCCAUCAGCCAGCCGGGUUUACUCAACUCCGCAGGGCUUGAAAAGCAACGAGCUCCUCCUCCGACGGAACAUUCAACAAGGAUCAAGAUGGAACGAGUCAGCUUGCUGGUGUUCGUGUGCGCUGCCGCCUCAUUGGCUGGCGCGCUGGACCCCAGAGGAACACGACCCAUGGAGCCAGGCACCCGCUCCGACAAGUGCGCCACCCAGAAGGAGUGGCCGUUCUGCACUGACGAUGACUGGGGUCCCAAGUGCCCGUCGGGCUGUAGGAUCCAAGGACUGAUGGACUACCGGGACCAUAGCCUGCUGAAGAAGAUCGAGAAGAUCCGCAGCCUGCUGGAGAACAACCAACAAAGGCAGAGGUCAGCUGAUCAAGUGACGAAGCAGACAUACGAAUACCUGAAGGAAAGACUGAACCUCAACACCGGUCACGACGGCCGCUACUACGACUUGGCGCAGAACCUUCGCCAGAGGAUCGGGGAAAUGAAGGUGAAGAUCGACAGGCAGCUCAGGGUGCUGGCGGCACUCAGGGAUCGGGUUGCCGACCAGGCCUCCGCCAUGCAGAUGUUAGAGGUGGACAUCGACAUCAAGCUGCGAUCUUGCAAAGGUUCCUGUAAAACGUACUCCGAGUACCAGGUGGACCGCGACAGCUACGUGACGCUGGACAAACAGGUCAAUCAACUUCAGUCGCAAGAGUUGCAGCGCGUCGAUUCCGUGAGAACGCUGAAAGUGUUGAAGAGCACGGUGCUGCAGGACAUACUUCAGGAUAACGUGUUCAAGUCCAAGGACCUGGGGGACCACAGUGGACAACAGAGACAAGACAUGUUCCGUGAGGUAAAAACUCUCCAGUUGACACUGGAGGAGGAAGGUUCCAGCUCCUACCCGGCAACCAUCUCCAAAGUUCCAGGUACUUCGUCGUCCUCCUAUGGCUCCUCCACUGGCUCCUCCACCGGCUCCUCCACCGGCUCCUCCACCGGCUCCUCCACGACAUCAAAGUCCAUAACUGAGCUCGUAGGAAGCAGCGAUGGCGACUUUGGGACGACGUUUGGUGGCGGUAGCGUGGACAAGGUGUACCACACCACGACCGACACGAGCCGCUGCGUGAAGACCAUCAAGCGCACCACGGUGAUGACUGCGGACGGCCCGGUGGAAAAAGUAGUGGAGACAACAGAGGACAGUCCUGACUGUCACGACUUCAAGGGAGGGCUGGACUCCUUCUUCCCCGGUGUUAGCCACGCCUCCUCCACCAUCAAGACCGUUCAUGUGGGCGGGGCCAAAGAUGGCCACUCGAGCAGCAAAACGGGCACGCCAGAUGUGUUCUCAGAGGUUGGCUUUGACCUGGGAAAGUUCUUUGGUGACCACACGGAAGACGACGUUCCUGACGUGCACGCUCGCAGCGUGAAGACCACGCACGUUGUACGCCAAAGUGAUUACACAGGAACAGAUUGUGUCGACAUCUUCCACAAGCACGCCCAGGGGGAAACCAGCGGCGUGUUUAACGUCAAACCUGCCGCUGCCGCCGCCACUGUGGCGGUCUACUGCCAGCAGGAGGGGCUGAUGGCGGGCUGGUUGUUAGUCCAGCAGCGAGAGAGCGGUGGGCUCAACUUCAACCGAACUUGGGACGAGUACCGCCGCGGCUUUGGCGGUGUGGACGCACAGGGGAGGGGGGAGGUAUGGCUGGGCAACCAAAACCUCCACUUGUUGACCAAUCAGGGUGAGAGCCUGCUGAGGGUGGAGCUGCAGGACGAGGAUGGCGGCGCGACCAGUGCGGAAUACGUCGUGAGCGUGGGUCCCGAGGAGGAGGGUUACCGCUUAAGCCUUUCUGGCUACAGUGGUGAUGCCGGCGACGCAUUGACGUCCGCUCACCACCGGGCGAAGUUCAGCACAUGGGACACGGACAACGACGGCGCGGCGCUAAACUGUGCGGCAACACGUGGCGGUGGCUGGUGGUAUGACCAGUGCCAGUCGGCCAACCUCAACGGCAUUUACCAAGGGGGUGUGGUGUGGUCCAAUCGCAGCCUCAAGAGAGUACGCAUGUUUGUGCGACCUGCAACCUUCUGAUGUCACCACCUCCUUUCGUUUCCAGAACUUUCUGCACUGAUGUCAAUAAAGUCAUGUUCACCUAAA